AUGGAAGAUUAUCAACCACUAGUGAAGGAAGCGAUCGAAUGGGCCAAGGCGAAGGGCGGUGACAAAUGCGAGAUCGUGGGAAAUGCGAUGGAUCGUUUGUUCGUCGUCUUCGCCAAGGAAAUCUUGAAGCUCAUUCCUGGAAGAGUGUCCGUUGAAGUGGAUGCUAGGCUUUCGUUCGACAAGGCAGCUUCUCUCGAGAAGGCGAAGCGUUUUAUUUCGCUGUUCAAAGAUGAGGGCAUCGACAAAGAGCGCAUCCUGAUCAAGCUGGCCUCCACGUGGGAAGGGAUCGAGACGGCGAGGGAGCUGGAGAAGGAGGGAAUUCACUGCAAUAUGACGUUGCUCUUCAAUUUCGAACAGGCUGUUGCGUGUGCUGAAGCCGGUGCCACGCUCGUCUCGCCAUUCGUCGGCCGAAUCAUGGACUGGUAUGUCAAGAAUACGGACCAAAAGUCCUUUGACCGUGUUUCCGAUCCGGGAGUCAAGAGCGUGCAACGCAUCUACACGUACUACAAGAAAUUCGGCUACCCGACGCAGGUGAUGGCCGCCUCGUUCCGCAACACCGAGCAGAUCAAGGGGCUCGCUGGCUGCGAUCUGUUGACCAUCAGUCCAUCACUGCUCAAGGAACUGGACGGGGAUAGUGAAGAGCUGAAGGUCGUACUCGAAAAGAGUAAGGCUAGCGACGCUUCCGUCGAUCGCAUCACAGUCAGCGAGGCCGCAUAUCGCUGGGCCCUGAACGAAGAUCCCAUGUCCAGCGACAAACUUUCGGAGGGGAUCCGCUUCUUUGCCAGGGAUGCCCGUCUACUCGAGGAAGUGAUCAAGAAGCACCUU